AUGCGACGUCUUUCCCCUUCAACGCUUCGUCAGAGAGUCUUACCGCCAAUCUCGCAAAGGGUCUUCAGUGUCUCGCCGACUACAAUUAGAACACUCAAGACAAGCACUAGCUCAUACCUCCCUAGAUCGACAUCGUCGAGGCGGACUUUCGUAGCAUCUUCGACGAAUCAUGCUCCAGAAGAACCUUAUGAACCAGCUGAUCAGGUGCAUGAAGAAGAGACACCAGACGAGCCUUCGAUACCGCACAGUGAUACGGAGGACCUAUUUCAGCAUACCACAUCGGUCAUAAAUCCAUCAAAACCCUCCUCUGCCCUACCAAUGGAGCUUGGCCCUGCUUUGACUCACUUGUCGACUGCCUUCUUGAGUGGCAACCAGCAUUUGGCGGAGGACAUACGAUUAUCGCAACCGUUCACCCACGUCGUCAGCUUCCCCGAUUCUUCAGGUAGGCCACGUACAGAACCUGCAGAGCCCACACAAGAGCUAGAUGAAUCUGCCCUCGAAGCUGUCUUAGCUCUUGCAUCGCCCUUUGAAGGAGGAGAAGCUUACGUGACCGAUGCAGUCAAAAGGCUAGCGAAUGAGCUGAAUGCGGAUAUAGUGAGGUUCGACUUAGUAACCGGGCUGGGACUGGACGGUCUAUCGUCCCCGCUGGGCAGUAGAGGCAUUGAACCUCCCUCUUUACCCCAAUCCCUUAAUCCUCUGUAUUUGCCUGCACCACAGCCCCUGGUGACUGCGAAAAAGGAGAUGAUCGACCCGGAGGACCAGGAUGAUCAAGGUGGUAUGCCAGGAAUGUUCGCUAGUGUACCUAUAGCCGUCGUCGGCGGUGGAGGGGGGAUGAUGCCUUCCGGUUUGGGUGGUUUACCGGGGAUGGGCGGAAUGGAAGAAGAUUUGCCUCAAGGUCAGAUCAACGACGAAUGGGUCCACUUCUUUAGCAAAAUCAUCAACGCUGGUCAAUCUCAACCUGGUAAAAAACGUAUAAUUGCUCUCGAAUCAACCAUUGCAAUGUCCAAAACCUUUCCCAUUUGGUGGGCAUCCUUCGUCGAAGCUGUCAAACAAAGGAGGAAGGGUUCAAUCACACCGUCUAAAUUGAGUCGAAAGGGUCAAACCGCCCAUAUAGAAGAGCCGUCUUUGUUAUACCCAACCAGCAUCGUCCUUCAGUGUACACCGUCCUUGACUCUACCCCAUACAGCGGCCGCAUUUGCUUCAGCAGCGAGGGACGAAGAUGGGUCAUUACGCGAAGAGGAUGAGCAUCAUGAAGAGAUGGAAGAAGAGGAGGCAGACAGGAAUAUGGAUCCUGCUCAAGCAGCUCUGGCCGCUAUCGAGGAAAAAUUCAAAAGCAUGGGAAUCAGUGUUCACUCUCACGUGGAAGUGGUCAAACCGAGAAAUGAUGCCAAGUUAUGGUGGGGCAGUGAGGAAAGCGAUGUCAGUGGCAGAAAGGAAGGUGAUAAGGGAAGAUUAAGCUUGAUGCUUGCCAAGGGAAUACCCGCAAUCCUUCCCUCGUUUGGCAGCAAAGCGACAGAGAAUGGUCAGAAACCCACAAAUCCACUCCGUCGAUUUUUGAUGAAUCGGUUCGGUGCACCCCCUAAUCAACCCGCUAAUUCUGCGAACUCGCUUGUAUGGAAAGCAUAUCCUGUGAUCCCUCAGCAUAGGAAUUUCCAGGCCGAAAAGGAAGCGAGAGUCCACCAGCGGAGAGUAUGGACAGCUGCUCUGAUUCAAAGAGCUGUUCAUCAGCUUGGUGGUGUUCUAAUCAACCCAUUAGAGGUGUUAUCAACGAGCGAGAUCACCGGUCGUCCUCUAACGAGGAAAACCGAAUCAAGCGGAGCUGGGAAAGGUUGGGGUAAUACGGUCAUAUCAUGGAACGAUGCUAUGCACAUAGCCAGUAUUGCAUUGGGUACAGCCAUUCGGUCGGGAAAUUUAGAGCGUGGUGCGGUGAAAAUCACAUGGCAGAAUAUCAUCCAAGCUAGAAAGGCUAUGGGAGAAGAGAAAAAGAUAGCCUCGGAGCAGAUCAAAAGGCAUUUACCAUCUGGAGCCGUUAAAAUCGAUUCGAAGAUGAAGGCAGACAUAGAGAAUGCGCCUCAAAGCGUGGUCGAUCCGGUCGUUGAACAGAUCAAGAAGUCAAAGAGUCUAUCGCAACAUGAAAAGAGGUUAUUGCCCUGCAUAGUCGAUCCUACCAAACUUGCUUCCACCUCAUUUAUAGACGUUCACCUUCCUGAGAAGACUGUGGAUGGUAUCCGAUCGAUGGUCUCUUUACCUCUUCUGUUCCCCGAAGCAUUCAGAGGCGGAGUCUUGAAGGAUCAUGCUACAACUGGAGCUUUGUUGUUUGGUCCUCCUGGUACCGGUAAAACGCUACUCGCUCGAGCCGUAGCAGCGGAGAGUGGUGCGAGAAUGUUGGCGAUCCAACCUAGUGAUGUCAACGACAUGUAUGUCGGAGAGGGAGAGAAGCUUGUCAAAGCUGUCUUCAAUCUCGCUCGUCGCCUAUCUCCAUGUGUUGUCUUCCUGGAUGAAGUCGAUGCUCUGUUUGGCGCUCGUAUAUCUCGUGGCUCGGCAGGAUCGAUGUCACACAAUUUACUACUUACUGAAUUCAUGCAAGAAAUGGAUGGUUUGAGUUCGGCUAUCGCAAACAAGGAUAAAAGGGUAGUGGUCAUAGGAGCAACCAACAGACCUUUCGAUCUGGAUGAUGCUGUACUUAGACGACUUCCGAGACGAUUACUGGUGGACUUGCCGAGUGUAGAAGGUAGACAAGCUAUUUUGGAGAUUCUGCUGAGAGGAGAGACACUCGCAGAUGAUGUCGAUCUGCAAAAAUUAGCUAAAGAGACGGACGGGUUCUCCGGUUCUGAUCUGAAACAUCUCUGUGUCAGCGCCGCUCUGGCUGCAGUCAAGGAUACCGUCCAAGUACCCUGGUCCAAGAAGUCUGCGACAGAUCCGAAUGCUUCGAUCCCAUCACCUGUUCACUCAUCAGCUGGUACUGGUGGAGGUGCACAGUCUGAAGUACUGGUAUUUGCUCCCUCUGAAGGUGGUGGAGGUGGCAGGAAGAAGGCUCAGGUGAAACGAGAGAAGACUGCAGCUCCUCUAGCUGGGCCCUCUCGGCUGGUAUUGAAUACUACCGCAUCCGUUCAGCCUGUACCUGAAGAUGCCGAAAAAGGUUUAUCGAGUGUGGAAGGCGAAGGAGAGGGUGAUCAACAGAUUGCUCAAGGAGACGUCGAUGAGCUGCUAUCGGCGAACAAAGCGGGAUAUGAACCAUCAUCAGAUGAUUCCAUAAUUGCAGAAGAAGGAGAAGGGGAAUCUGCAGAAUCUGAUUUGCCUGAACCAGUAGUCAGAGUUCUAAGCUGGAAGCAUUUCAAGAUUGCAUUAGAAGAGAUUAGACCCUCGAGUUCAGAAGAAGGUAGUCUGCCCGAGCUCAGGAAGUGGUCUGAGCAAUUCGGGGAAGGUGGAACUAGAAAGGGCAAGAAGAGUGGUUUUGGUAAAGGGUUUGGAUUCGGUGAAGAGAAAACAGGUGAUAGGGAAUCAGGGUACGGGAAAGUCAAACAAGAUGAUUGA